CGAGGUGGACUUGCAUCCUCCAUCCUCCUGGACACCUGGGCGCUCUGCUGCCCGCCCGCCGAGCUCCUCUCUCGGCUCUCAGAGGUCCAGAGCUCCGCGGCUCCUCAGCGGGUCUCUGUCAGCUCGCUGCCCGGCCCAGAGCGCUCUGAGGUCGGUCAGAGGACGGACAACAGCCCCUCAGAUGAAGACUUUCAUGCCUCACCUUGCGAGGUCACAGUCUGACCUCUGACCCCUCUGAGAAGCAGCAGGAGCGCCAUGCAGGGCGGAGUAGCGGAGGCAGGGCCGUCCCCCCUGACAGAACAUGGCGGCCUCAUCGACACCCACAGGCCGGGGGCGGAGCCUCCCCAGCAGCUGGACCCCGGCUCCCUGACCCCCCCCCAGGCCUCCGGCCUCCUGUUUCGGCUGUGGGCGGAGUCUGGGGGCGGAGCCUGCUGUGAGACGACCUUCAUCGAAAGCCCCACCCCCACCUGUUGCUCAGCCGGAUCUUCCAGGGAGACGCUGCGACUCUCUGACAGCAAGUUACUGGAGCUCAGUGGAGAUGAGGCCAAGAUUCCCCCGAUAACCUUUGACCCGGUCGGAGACGAGGAGCUGGAGAGCGAUCUCUCCAGCUCCUCCACUCACAGCGAUGACGACUUCCUGCUGCUUCCUCCCAGAGAUCAUCGGAGCCUCAGCGUUUUCUCCAUGCUCUGCUGCUUCUGGCCGCUCGGCAUCGCUGCCUUCUACCUGGCGCAGCAGACCAGCCGGGCGGUGUCUACAGGUGACCUCCACCUGGCCGGCUCCACCUCCAGGCGGGCGCUCUUCCUCGCCGUUCUCUCCAUCACCAUAGGAACCGGCAUCUAUGUGGGCGUUGCCGUGGCGCUCGUCGCCUACCUGUCCAAGAACCAGAAGUGGUAACCAUGGCAACAGCAGCUGGGUCUGGAGCCUCGGGGGGUUCUACGGGUUUUUGGACUUUUGUGUCUUUUGGUUCUGGAUUUUUCUCUGAAGGUUUUUGAAUGUUUGUAAACCAUCAUCAUCAGACUUCACCUGCCAGGUGGAUGAAGAACCAGCAGAACCUGCUGUGGUUCUGGUCCAAACGGUUCUGAUUCCCACUGGGAGGUUCUGGUUGCUCUGAACUGAAUCUGGGUUUGUUUUCCUUCUGCAGCCGGUUCUGGUUCUGGUUCUGUCCACGGAUCUCCCGGUUUCUGAUUUGAUGGAGCCGGGUUUUGUUCACAGUGACAAGGGCCGAUGGUGUCGGACCGGCCCAGCAGAACCACGUGGGCCGGGUUUCCCUCAUGCAGAUGUGGACGAGGUUCUGCAGCUCUGACCCUGAUGCAGGUUCUGUUCAGGUUCUGGUUUCAAUCACGCUGCCACCUGAGCGUCCAGAGCCCGACCCGACCCGACCCGACCCGGUCCCCCCCCGGUGUUACUUCCUGCGUCAGCAGAACUAAUCUGUCCUCUGAGCUCAUUAACGUCCUGAUCCGUUUAGCUGCUGCUAAUAUGAACCAGAACCAGCAGGUUCUGUAGAACCAGCAGAACUCAGAAUGUCUGAUGAGGCUGUGACUUUUGACCGAGGUGCGGCCCAGGUUCUGGAGCCGUUUUGGGCCGAUCCUCUCCAGAACCAGUCUCCUGUGGUUCUGUUCAUGACCCGUUUAGAUCCAUUUUGUUCCUAAAUAAACGGAUUUUCCAAUACUUGA